AUGGUAUUGCGACGGAGUGAUCUGGGAGAGGGGAAGAGAGGCGAGGAAGGCUGGUCACGGAAGUAUAUUAAAGGGGACGAGAUGAAGCCUGGUUGGUUGGCGGGUGGACGGGCUAAGCAACAGGCCCCUACUCGGCCGGUGCUUCUCUCGCACUGGCUCUUUUGUUUUUAUUUUAUUUUUAUUUUAUUCGGCGCCAAAGUCGUCCGAAGCCCCUGA